AUGGGUGCGUUUAGGGUUUCGAGCUCUGCUUGUGCUUCCGCUAACAUCCUGACUGCUCCGCGUCGUCCUCGUUUAGCAGCCAAAUCUCCCUCCCUUUCCGCCCGCCUUCCCCUCCGCCACCCUCUCGUCCUCUCCUUCCUCCUCCUCCUCCUCUUCCGCUUCCCCCCCGCGCGCGCGCAAGUCCUCCCCUCAACCUACCGCGUGCUCUCCUUCGUCGACACCUUCUGCGCCUCCCCGCUCGUUCCGCCCGACCGCCGCGAGGAUGACCCCGUUAUGGGGCCGCUUCCGGGGGGCACGGGCGCGGGGGGAACCAGCGCGGGUGGAACUGGUGCGGGGACUGGCGCGGGAGGUGCGGAGAACGCUGGGGCGGGGGGGGUUGGACCGAACUGCACGGUGUCGGUCUCCACAGGGCUGUUACCGUCGCAUGCUGAUGCGAACAACAGCGACAGUUACAACAGCUCGGCGUGGCGACUGACGUACGUUCUCGCAGUGGGUGUGGUCCCUACCGAUUUCGACUGGCCCGACCAGACGGUACAGUCUAUACGCGUUAACAGCCGCGAAAUGCUGACAGCAGGGCCGUGCAGGCCCGUGGGUCGGUGCGGAGGCACCCGCCCGUUCGCGUGUUACAUGGGCGACGUGUCGUGGGCUCUGCCUGCCGCCAGUCGCAACCCAGCACGCAGUAACAGCAGCACUGCUGGUAACCCUAUCGUCAACGCAACCCUUACCGUUACAGUGACAGCGUCCGCGGAGGUAGCACAGCCGUGUCGCCUCUGCGGGGGCUUCCAGCAGUUACCCUGUCAGGUGUUACAGGCAGCGGUUCGCCUCACGGCCGUGCUCGUCCCAGUCGCGCUGAAGCAGCCGCAGCCAGGUCAGCCGCUACAGGAGCAGCCUCCCUCUGGCGCCGCCACAGCUGUUGGCUCGGCCACAGCAUUUGAUUCGUCUACAACUGUAGGCUCGGCUACAGCCACAGGUUCGGGUGCAGCCGCAGGUUCGGGUGCAGCCGCAGGUUCGGGUGCAGGGGCAGGAGUGGGAGAGGCGAGUGGAGCAGCUGCGAUACCAAGAGCCACCAGCAGCAGUAGCGAUGCUGGUGGUAGCGUUGGCAGUGGUGCUGGUGACAGUGUUGGGGGCGGAGGUGGUACGGCGCUUGUUGCACUGCAAGCGCGUUUGUCCGCGUCACCCGCUUCGUCUGUAGCAUCUGUCGCGCCUCCAGCAUCUGUAGCGUCCGCGCCCGCAGUGGCAGUGUCGUUUGUGCGGGGGCCAGGGGUGGUGUCCAAGGUGGGGCGCGCGCGGUUCUCGUGGCAGGUGCUGGAGACGAGAGACGCGCUCUCACCUGCGCGCUGUGACGCCUGCACCUUCCUCUGCAAGGUGCGUCCUCCCAUGCCCUCACCCCAGCUCUUCCCCAUCCUCUCCUCCUUCAUUUCCCCAUCCUCUCUUCCCUCACUUGCCCAUGCCUCCCCGCCUCCUCCUGUUCCCACCUUUCCUCACUCGCUUCAUCCUUGUGCAACGUCCAAGGGUUCAAAGCGCCUCUGCAGGCGUCCUCCCCUACACACCCUUCAGCACAUGCUUCUUUCCCCCUCUUACCUCCCUCUCUCACCUCCCCCUCUCACCUCCCCGUCUCACCUCCCCUUCUUACCUCCCUCUCUCACCUCCCUCUCUCACCUCAUUCUCCUGUCUCCCUCUCCCACCUCUUCUCUCACCUCACCCACCCACCUCACUUCCACCCGCCUCAUCUCCUCUCACCCCGCCAUCCCCUUCCCUCCCCGACCCCCCCACACUUCCCCUGUCCGCGAGGGUGGUUCACAGCGUGCGGGCUCUCGGACGGGCGGCACCUCUUCACAGCCCGACCCCCUUGGGUGGCCCCACAACCGGACUCGCUUCCCAGCUUCCCCGGCCCUCGCGGGUGCUUCACAGCGGGCAGCCUCAUACAGUCACAGCGCUCAAGGGCGCCCCAGGAGUCACUGGCAGCCGCCUGCAGGCGUGGAUCCACUCAAACGUCAUCCCCUCCCUCUUCCGCCACUCUCCUCCCCGUCCGCCCCUCGCCCCUCCUCCGCCCCCCCCCCUGCGCCCCUCCCCGUCCCCCCGCAGCUAGACGCGCUUCCCAGCUUCCCCUGCCCUCGCGGGUGGUUCACAGCGCGCGGGCUGACGGACGGGCGGCACCACUUCACAGUGACGGCGCUCAAGGGCGCCAAAGGGGUCACUGGCAGCCGCCUGCAGGCCGCUGCUGCUGCUGUUGGGAUGGACGGGGCAGAGGGGGGAGGAGGGGUGGGGGGAGAGAGAGGAGGGGGAGGGGCGCAGGUGGAGGCUCAGGCGCAGGCCACAUAUGAAUGGGUCGUUGACGCAGCCAGUCCAGUGCCAACGCUGACAGUGGACCCGCCACAAGCAAGGGAGGGCGCGGUGCAGAUCAGCAUAGCCUUUGACAAGCCGUGCCCGGGCCUGCAGUGCAACUCCACUGCGUGCGAUGCCGAGGCAUCUCCGCAGGGCAUAGUGACCAUCCACCCCUCCUUGUUCGCUGCUUCCCUACCUUAUCUCUCUACUCUUCAUCCCCCCCAUCUUCUCCCACCCUCCCCUUCCCCUUUCCUCGCUCACACACGUCAGGUGGAGGCAUCACCGCAGGGCAUAGUGAGCAUCGACCCCUCCUCUGGGAGGGCAUGGAGGGCAGGGUUUGAGUCGUAUGCUGUUAUCAGGAUAGACCGCGCCCCUCUGGAGGCCACUCUCUCGUGCGACACGCCCUUGGCAGUGGUCAAGUUCUUCAUGCAGCUCCGAGCCACGCCACGAGUCAGCCAGUCGCCCGUGACGUGCCGGGUGCUCUUCUCCAAGCCCGUUUCUUCCUUCUCCUCCUCAUCCCUCGCUGUCGUCAACGCCACCACCAGCGACCCCCAGCCUGUCACUGACCUUGAGUACCAAUUCCAGGUGUGGCCCACAGGCGAGGGGUCAGUGGUGGUGGACAUACGGCAUGACAACGUCACUGAUGCUGCCGGCAACACCUGCCAGCCCACACAGCCCUUCUUCUUCUUCUUUGACACCACUGCUCCAGCAGUGCAGCUGAGCGUGAGUGAGAGCAGCGCCACCACGGACUGGGUCUACCCCAUCCUGGUCGCCUUCUCAGAGCCCGUUCUGGGCUUUAACACCUCCUCCAUCCAGCUCUCCAAUGGAGUCAUUACAUGCUGGACAGGGGUUGACAGGGGUUUGGGGCGGUACUACGAGGUGACGGUGGCGGCAGUGAGCGAUGGCGACGUGACAGUAGCGGUGCCGGCAGCAACGGUGGUGGACAUGGCGGGCAACCCCAACUCGCCCUCCAACACCCUCUCCCUCGCUCACUACGCGCCAGGAGAUGCCGGCACGAUAGCAGCGUGGGUGGUGACGGCGGUGGUGGGGUGGACGGCGCUGUCCACAGCAGCGGUGUCCCUCGCCGUCACCAUAAAGGAGUCCGACCCCACGUCCUCGCCGGGCAUUCGCAUCGUCUCCAACCGCCCCUUCCGUGCCGUCAGCACGCCCGUCGUGGGGGCGGAUCCCUCUCGAAACGUUCUGCGCAUGGCCAUGCACCUGCAAUUCUUCGCCCUCACACACCACCUGGCAGUGCGGGUGCUGCCGCUGUUCUACCGCCAGCUCACAGGGGGGCUGCGCUGGACCUACUUUUACAUCCCUGCGCCCUUCAAGAGCUCCUUUGAUGGCUGGAAGGGCGUCUACUCCUCUCCCACUGACGCCCCCGGGCAGGACAGCAGCACCCCCCCGCCCUCCUGUGCUCCGCACUACCUCGCCACCAAGGCAGACAGCUCUGCCUCCGCCUCCGCCUCCAACCCCUCAGCCUCGGCACAAUCCAAGCUCUCUUUCUGGUCUAAGUUCUUCUCCCCAGCACCAGCACGCGACACAGCAGCUGACAGCACAGCAACACACGCCUCCCUCAACCCGCGCAAUCUCCGCCGUGUUCUCUCCUCCUCCUUCCACUUCUUCCUCUCCUCUCUCUCCUCUCCCUCUCCCUCACAUUCCCACCGUGUGCCUCAUUUUCACACAAUCCGCUCCCCUCGCUCUCUCCCCGACCGCUUCAAUACUGCCGACUCCUUGCCGCCCCAUACCCAUGCCCAUGCCCAUGCCCAUGCCCAUGCGCAUGCCCACGCGCAUGUGCAAGCACGGCAACUAACCAAGUCACAUGUGCACAUGCAGCAUGCCAUGUCACAUCCGAGCCGGACGCACGGCCGCAGUUUGGGGUCAUCUCGAGCCCUCCCCUUCCACCCCAUCCCCUUCUCACCGCCACCCACCUUCCACCUACGAGGCCUGCCCUUGACCGCCCUCUCUCUCCCCUCCUCCCUUCACUCCGCCUUCCCAUAUACUCUCCUCCCAUCGUCCCCAUCGUCCCUAUCGUCUCGCCCGCCCUCCCACUAUCACCGAAUGCUUCAAGAAACUGCCGCCAGCACCACCAGCAACAGCAGCGCAAGCGGUUACAGUGGCUUUAAUGCGACUGCUCUUAUAGCCCUGGCAGUUGCAGGGGGUGGGACAGGGGGAGACGCAGCAGCAGCAAUAGCAGCAGCGAGGGGGUUCGACCCCACGUUGCUGCCGCGGCUGAGCGAGGAGGAGUAUGAGUACAUGCAGGCGUGGGGCGAUGCUUACUAUUCGCACUUCCCCAACCUCUUCUACUCCUACCAUGGCUUUGAGCAGUUCUGCACGGUGCUCUUCUGGUUCGCGCUCUUCUUCUUCGCCCUCUCGCUGCUCCAGCUGCUCUUCCAGUGGGCGUGGCAGCACUGGCGCUACCAGUGGCUCUAUGGCCUCCUCGACCCGCCGCGCCUGCAAUUCCUCCUCCUCGCACUCUCCCUGGCCGGCAUCUCCUGGGGCUGCACGCUGCUCAUCAGGGGGAGCAUGGAGCCGGGCGGCACGGCGGCAGGGCUGGCAACGGGGGUCAUCGUGCUGUGCCUCUGGCCCGUGCUGUUCCUCAUCUUCUCCUUCUCGGUCGUCUGGUAUAUCGUUGUUCAGGAGCAAUUCGCGCGCUUCUUUGUGCGCGAGAUGACGGAGCCGCGCAACGAGGCGUGCAUCGCCUCCUUCGCGCGCGCCUUCUGGGCCGCGCUCCGGCAGAAGCGACUCAAAGGCCACUGGGUCACCAUCACGCCCUCCCAGAAGCACAUCCUUCCGAGAUUCGGGAUAUUCUUUGAAGACUUUACAGUGUGGGGGUCUGUGGGCGCCUGGGGGGUGCUCAAGGACCGCCUGAGGGCUGCCUAUGGCACCCUGGACUUUCUUAAAAUGGUGCUGGUGGGAGUGCUGGUGGGAGCAUGGAGCCCAGCAGGCAACGCUGUGGCACAGCAAGCAUGCCUGCUCACCCUCGCACUGCUGCACCUGCUCUUCCUGCUCUUCCUUCAGCCGUUCACAGAACGAGGGCUACAGGUGGUGGAGGCGGUGAGCUCGGGCGCGGAGGUGGUGCUGUUCGCAUGUGCGCUGGCCAUGGCCAUUGAUUGGGACAUGCCUUCCAGCUUCGCCGGCACUCUCGGGCUCGUCAUGGCGCUCGCUGUCGGCCUCGCCUUCAUUGGCCAGCUUUUCAACCACUGGGUGGCACUAGGCCAACAAAUCAACCGCAUGCUCAACCCGCCUGACGACGAGAGAAGCCCGUCGCACCGAUCGGACGGGGACGAUUUCUCGGAUAACGACGACGAUGACCUGGACGACGACGACGAUGACGAGGAUUUCGAUGACGAGGACGACGGGAACGGUGACGAGGACGAGGAUGAUGAUGACGACGAUGAUUACGAUGAUGAUGAUGAGCCAUAUGCUGCCGUAACUCUCUCUAACCGCUGGUUGACUCCCCAAACUUUCUCCGAUCUUGCCGCUGAACUAACAAACUGCUGGCUCUCCCUCGCUGAUAGCACCGCUGCUGCUGUGCUCUUAGUAAAGCUUGACCGUGACUGCUUGCUGCAACCACUCGCUGCCUGCAAGCUGAUACUUGUCCGACCAUAG